GUCCGCCCGUUCCACUUCCGCUCCCGCCGGCCCGGGGCUGCUGGCGGCGGCCGGGCCCCUCUCGGCGCCGGUGCUCUCGGUUUCCUUCGUUCCCUGCCAGCAUGGAGUUCGCCGAGCUGAUCAAGACUCCCCGGGCGGACAACGCCGUCCUGCACCGGCCCUUCCACCCGACCGUGGAGGGAACGCUGUGCCUCACCGGCCACCACCUCAUCUUCUCCUCUCGGCGCCAGGAUAACGAGGAGGAGCUGUGGCUGCUGCACUCCAAUAUCGACUGCAUUGAGAAAAGGUUUCUGGGCUCACUGGGAUCCAUCGUUAUAAAAUGCAAAGAUCUGCGAAUUAUUCAGCUGGAUAUUCCUGGAAUGGAGGAGUGUCUGAACAUUGCUAGCUCUAUUGAGGCACUUUCUACAUUGGAUUCUGUCACUCUUAUGUACCCAUUCUUCUACCGGCCCAUGUUUGAAAUUGUUGAAGAUGGAUGGAGUGCUUUUCUGCCCGAGAAAGAGUUUGAAGUCCUCAAUUCAGUGACAGAUGAAUGGCGUCUAAGCUAUAUCAAUAAGGACUUCUCCAUCUGCCCUUCCUACCCUCCAGUGGUUAUUGUCCCCAGAUGCAUCGAUGAUGAAACGCUUCAGAAAGUUGCAGUGUAUCGCCAUGGAGGUCGCUUCCCAGUCCUCAGCUAUUAUCAUAAGAAGAAUGGCAUGGUCAUGAUGCGAAGCAGCCAGCCUCUGACAGGUACAAAUGGGAGACGCUGUAAAGAAGAUGAGAAGCUUGUUAAUGCCACUCUUCGUCCUGGGAAGCGUGGGUACAUCAUUGACACGAGGUCCCUGAAUGCUGCCCAGCAGGCCAGGGCCAAAGGAGGAGGCUUUGAACAAGAAGUGUAUUAUCCCCAGUGGAGGAGGAUUCACAGGUGCAUUGAGAGGUUUAAUAUUCUGCAGGAAAGCCUCAUCAAACUUGUAGAAGCUUGCAAUGACCAGUCACACAACAUGGACCGCUGGCUCAGUAAACUGGAAGCUUCCAACUGGAUGACUUACAUCAAGGAGAUACUUACUGCAGCUUGCCUAGCUGCUCAGUGUAUUGAUAGGGAAGGCGCAUCAGUGUUGGUUCAUGGGACUGAAGGAACUGAUUCAACACUCCAGGUAACUUCUCUGGCACAGAUUAUCUUGGAUCCAGACUGCAGGACCAUAAAAGGCUUUGAAUCUCUUCUCGUCAGGGAGUGGCUACAGGCUGGUCAUCCUUUUCAGCAACGCUGUGCCCAAUCAGCCUACUCAAAUAGCAAGCAGAAAUUGGAGGCCCCAGUGUUUCUUCUCUUUUUGGACUGUGUAUGGCAAAUCCUUCAUCAAUUUCCUUGCUCUUUUGAAUUCAAUGAACACUUCCUUGUUACACUCUUUGAGCAUGCCUAUGCUUCACAAUUUGGGACUUUCCUGGGAAACAAUGAAAACGAAAGGUCUAAACUGAAGCUGCAGCAGAAGACUAUGUCCCUGUGGUCCUGGGUGAACCAGCCCAAAGAGCUGAAAAAUUUCCAGAAUCCUCUUUUUGAGGCCAACAGCCUUGUCAUCUGGCCCUCUGUGGCCCCACAGAGCCUGCAGCUCUGGGAAGGUGUAUUCCUGCGAUGGAACAGGCCUUCCAGAUUCCUAGAUGAAGCCGAGGAAGAAAUGAAGAAGAUUGUAGACUACAACAGGUUUCUUCAGGAUAAGGUUAAUUCAAUGAGGAAGCAGAUAAUGGAGAAAGAAACAGAGGACAAGAUGGACAGGAUGAACAAGAUGGACGAGAUGGAUGAGAUGGAUGAAAUGGAUGAGAUGGACGAGGUGGAUGAGAUGGACGACAUGCAGGAGAACCCGUGAGCUGCCAGGGCUUUGCCUCAGGUCUUUCUUUUCCAGUUCCUUUUAGGUUAAAGAUUAAACAUGGAAAGUGCAUGUAUUGCAGAGUCCUCUGGUACAGCUGACCCUCAGUCCUCCACUGCUGAAACCUUCACUUCACACAGUGUACCUCCCUGCUUUUUGGGAGGGAAUUUUCUUUUGUUUACAGAAGGUACAACUGGGCAUAGUUUCCUCUCCUGGCAGCUUUCUUGUCUCUUACUUGUGCAGUGUCAGCAAAAAGCUGAAACUCGUACCUCCAGCCAGCUGUAUGGAUGAUCAUGAUGGGCCAAGAGAUGAAAUGUUACAGAUUUAUUUUGGACUUUGAUCUUUUUUAUUUUAUUUUUGCUGAACUUUCUAAACAUUCUUUGCGGGAUUAAAAGACAAAGUUAUGUAUAGAUAGGUUAAAGGCAUUCUAUCUGAGAGCACCUUUUCUCCUCAAGUAGUUAAGGCAGCUUAGUUCCUUAGUUUCCUAGAAAGGUUAUAAUCUAACUACAAGACCAACCAGUCCAAACAGUGCUUUCAGUAGCCUUCACAUCUCACAUUUGGGGGUUUUGUGGUUUGGGAGCAGUAGGUUACAUACCACGUAAGAAAUUUCAGUGCAAUACAGAAUUGAAUAGGGAUUCUGCUGCUAAUGUUUAAGCUAUGACCUUCAGGUGGAAUUGUUCCUCGUGGACAAGUAACUUCUAAGGAAUAAAAAAUAUUUUUUAUUCUACCUGGAAAACAAAAAGGUUGUGAUUGCUGGAGGUGUAUUCACUUGCUGAGCAAAACAAGGGACUUGGAGCUGUUCUCUUUAGAGCCACACUACCCUCUUGAACUUCUGUUUCUAUACAUUUGAACAGGUUCACAGUGCACAAGCAACACUUAAUUUACUGCUCAGCAAAACAUUAUUACUCCAUUUUGUUUCUUCUCUCAGGCUCUUCCUAUAUGCUUUCUCAAACAUCCAAAGCUAAAGCUGAGAGUUGGCGUGAUCCAGCAUACCAGGUAGCUGCUGCAGAUGGGAAGGCUGUCACAUUACAGAAGUGUUAACAGCAGCUGCAAAUGACUUACACUAAAACUGUUCAAAGAUGCUAGAGAAGAUUUUCUUCCAAACAAGUUCAUUUUGUAGUUAUUUGUCUCUGUGGCUGUAAUCUGCUAUUUUAUGAUUCUUUUUUUUUUCUAAGUCUCUUUCUCCUUCAGAUAAGAAUGGUGUGGUGCAUUAACUCAUGUUGGUGUUUGUCCAGCUAGAUUUCAUUGAUAGCUACCCAUAACUGAGGAGACUUUGAAAACAAGUAGUGCAUGUGGCUGGGAUUACUGUAAGCUGCUCACUGUUAGCCUGUUGCUGCUGAAACCAGUGCAGCUGCAUGAUGUCAAUCUUGACCUCUUUGACAAGUGUUGAAUUUAAGUGUCAUUUUUUUGAUGCUUUGGAUUGAAGCUGCCUUUGCUUAAAAGCCACUUAGCAUAAAGAUAUGAAAAUAGAGGCUCCUUAGUUGUCUUGGAAGUAUCUGGAGAGCAGCCUUCUGUGUAACACCUAAAGAAACCUUUUUAAAAGGUGUUCCACAAUGAAGGAGACUGAUAUUAAGCACUACCUUAAUGCCUUUUGCUUCAGUCCAUAUCUCCUUAAUUUUCUUCUUGAGUAGCCUAAACUUCUAAAGUCCUGUGGCUUAAACACUUCACUGUAAUAUCUGUUUCUUCCUACUCUUGUAGAGCAGACAUGUUCCCUAGAUUACAGCUGACAUAGGGAACACUUGUAUUUAUCAGAGUGGCUGAAGACCUGCAGCACACAACAAGGGAGAUGCAAGCUGGCCAUGCCUUUCUUCCACUUCCAGGCUCUGGAUUUUUGGAGCUGCCUGCUUAUAUUGCAAAUGAAAGCCCUGAAUAUUACUGCUCACCCUUCAGAGCUAUGGCUGUGCUGUCUGCAGCUGCCUGGAUGUUGUACUCCCAUCCCAUUCAGAACUUCUGCUGUUGCUGUUUGUCCAAAACACAUCAUCGUGAGUCAGACGAGAAGGAUUUGGAAGGAACUGUUUUCCCCAUAACAGACUGUACAUAAAACACACUUAAAGGUUAUGCAAUUUCCUAACAUAGUAAUUAUAUAUUGAGCUAAAUAAUAAGAGAAGCAAAGAAGGUUGUUCUCUUUUCUUUUUUAAUGUAAUUGCUUGGCUGCUGUAGUCUCUUAUCUCUUACAGAAACUGCAGGCAUCUGGGGAGAUGGCAUGGAUUUGCAGUCUUCAUGUGAAAAUGACCCUGUCAUUGUGAGCAGUGGCAGCAGGCUGUUCUUUUUUCCCCUUAGUUCUUCUGCAAACAGUCCCCUUUGUGCAGUGGUACAAUCCUGCUGGGUGCUGUGUGGUAGAGCUCACCCAACGUGUGGACCCCACACAUCCUCCAGGGAAAACAAACAGUUCUCAGAUGUCUCAUGGCACCUGCAAUUCUUUUCACCUAUCCAUUCCAGUGCUUUCCAGACUGUGGAGCACUCCAGCUGUUUGCUCGCUUAUGUCUAUCACACUUAUUCCCUUGCUUUGAUCAGCUUGCUUCCCCUCAGCCUGCAGGGUUCACCCCAUGGAGUUAACCACACACUGCUGUGUCUUCCCAGGCUGUGAGUGUGAUGCUGCUUUGCACAGCUGUUGGGAUGCCCGUUUCUGUUCCUUAGCAUAUACUCUUUGUAGGCCCUUCCCCUGGGCUCGCUCAGUGCAGACACGCUGCCAUUAACCAAAAGAAUAAAGGGAAAAAGAAUCAAACUUGCACAGUUUUCACGAGGAGAAAGGGAAAUAUGUACCUUCGAUAUUUUGAUUGUAUUGAUCUAACUCUUGAAUGUGGAGACCUGUUUUAAGUGCACUGUUGUCCCAUUGCGUACAAUGGAACUGAAAUUGCACUGUACAGCAUGUUGGCUUCUCAUUGUGCUUUGCUAAAGCCUUGGAAAGUGCUGUCGUGUACAGGUUCCUGUACAAGGGAAAAUGUCUAUCAUAGCACUCCUUUCUUGUAACUGUGACACUGAAUAGCACUGUGUGAUGCGUGCUAUCUAUCUGUUAGCCCAUGCAAACUUAAGUGAUGAGUGCACUUCUGUCUCAACAUCUGGAAUUGCUAAUUGGACUCGGCUGCUGCAUCAGUCUUCAUUUGAAAACUCAAUAUCGGGGCUGGGAGCUGUGUGUUGUUGUUAGAUGUAUGCUGAACAUGUACAGAAUCCUGGCUGCUGUGGCGUUGAAUAUACUGCAAAAAAAAAAAAAAA